GUGAAUAUUCAGUGUGCGUAAUGUUCUUGCUUUCUAGGUUCUUAUAUGUAUGCAAGGACAAUACCGGCAGAUGUAAGAACAGGCAACCUCGGUCGUCUUGUUAGUCCUGUUUAUACAAAUGUUUCGUGCGUUACGUUCUACUAUUUCAUGCACGGUAAUGAUAUCGGUGAUCUCGAGGUUCUCGUUAAGACAGGGAACAAUACUCCUACUAAAGAGUGGUCGCUUUUUGGAAAUCAAGCCAAUGCUUGGAAACGGGCCACGAUACCAGUUAACGCUGGUGCUAACGAGACUGUGAAGAUAUACUUCCAGGGUGUGGUUGGAGCAUCAGGCAGAGCAAGUGUGGCUAUUGAUGACAUUGACAUAAGUUCAGAUCAGUGUUCGUUCUACCCAACACCGGCAAAGCCGAAGGGCGUUAUCACCGAUGGCCUAGGUAGCUGCACUUUUGAACGUUCUUCGUGUGGUUAUCAAAAUGUCAAGGACGACGAUUUUGAUUGGAUAAAAUCGGGAGUAGAAUCAUUCGUUAGUACUUUAGGUCCGAGAAGAGACCAUACCUCAGGGUUAGGCAAAUACAUGCACGCAGAAGGGUCAACAAGGGGAAGCAAGGCUCGUCUUGUUAGUCCAUCUCUCCACAAUAUUUCCUGUGCUAGCUUUUACUAUUACAUGUUUGGGUCCCAAAUCGGUACACUUAACGUGUACCUGAAGGAGCAAGGGAAUUCCACACGCAUUGAGCAAGUAACUGGUAACCAAGGUAACCAAUGGUACAAAUCACAACUUAUCCUUGGUCAAGAUGCUGUGAACAGAACCUUUAACUUGGUUUUUGAGGCUGUCAAUGGAAAUGGAUAUUCUGGAGGUGUUGCUAUCGAUGACAUUUCUACUUCGUUUAAUUCUUGUUUGGCCUUAAUUCCAACCUCUGGUCCCAACGUCAGUCCCACCAGUGUAUUACCAGACGGGUUAGUUCGCCUUGUCAAUGGACCAACAACCUAUGAAGGUCGAGUCGAGGUUUUUCACAACGGCGUUUGGGGUACUGUUUGUGAUGACUUCUGGGACAUAACUGAUGCUAAUGUUGUCUGUAAAAUGCUCGGCUACCCUGGAGCUGUGAGGACUACCAAAUCCCAAGUCUAUGGAAGAGGAGUUGGUACAAUAUGGCUGGAUGACGUGAACUGUAAAGGAAGUGAGACUUCGAUUGCUCAAUGUAGUCACGGCGGAUGGGGUAACAAUAACUGCGAUCAUUACGAGGAUGCUGGUGUCGUCUGUCGAUUAGAUUCAAACAGUACGUCAACCGGGGACUGUACCUUCGAGUACGACACGUGUGGAUAUCAGAAUGGCGACCGAACUAACAGUGAAUUUGAUUGGACGAGGAACAGAGGAUCGACACCAUCUUCUGGCACUGGACCACGUUAUGAUCAAAGUGGAAAAGGUUACUAUAUGUACACCGAGGUUUCUACAGGCGAUGCAGGAGCAAGAGCAAAACUGAUAAGCUCUGUGCUUCCAGCAAAUACCAAGUGCAUCUCGUUCUAUUACCAUAUGAGGGGCAAUGAUAUUGGAUGGCUCAAUGUGCAUAGUAAGAGAGAAACUUCUCAAUCUAUUGUUAAGCUAUGGACAUUAAUUGGAGAACAAGGAAACUCGUGGAUCCAAGGACAAGUCCCGAUCAAUGUUACUGGUGAUGUGGGUCUAAAGAUUAUAUUUGAAGGAGUUCGUGGGAAUUCUGAAAGAGGAGAUAUUGCCAUAGACACCAUUACCGUGUCCAACAAAACUUGCAACAUGACACCUAGCACAGCAACGCCAACAACAAUUAAUGCCCUUGAAGGUGACGUGCGAUUAGUCGAUGAUCCCAAUCCUCUUCAAGGUCGUGUGCAAGUAUUUCACAAUGGACAGUGGGGUACUAUUUGUAACAAUAUGUGGAGUGACGAAGAUGCAACUGUAGUCUGUAAGAUGUUAGGGUUCCCAGGACUUGGUAGAGCCAUUUCGUCGUUAAACAAGCCUCGAGGUGUUGGAAUAAUCUGGCUUGACAACGUACAAUGCACAGGAGGAGAGAGUAACCUUAUACAGUGUCGCAAGAAUCCAUGGGGACGCCACCAAUGUUUGCAUUCCCAAGAUUCCUGGGUUGCGUGCUCAAACGGCACGAUUGACAACGAAUGCAUCAGGUAUAAGAUAUUAAACAGCAAAGACAGAGCUAAAACAUUCGCGGGUCAAGUAAAUCAGUGCGACAGAAAAAGUGGUAUAAUUCCUGGACAGUGGCAUCGUUUUAUGGGACCUGCUGGAGAUCGAAUGCCUUCGUCUUGUGUUCCUGAAAACAGAUGUGGUACACGAGCGUCAGGCUGGUUGAAUGGAGGCAAUCCAACGGUCAGCGAAGAAAUGGUUUCCAGAACAGUUUGUUUUAGUUAUUUCGGUGAUUGCUGUAGAUGGUCCACUUCCAUCCGAGUGAAGAACUGUUCAGGAUUCUUAGUCUAUGAGCUCAAUAAACCACCAUCUUGUAAUCUUCGAUAUUGUGGCCAAGGUGUCUUCGUACCAACGCCAAUACCAACAACACCAAAACCUACUCGACCUACUCCAAAACCAAAGCAGAUUCGUUUAGUUGGAGGUAGCAACGAUUAUUCGGGUCGUGUAGAAGUGUACCAUAACGGUGUGUGGGGUACCGUGUGCGACGACGACUGGGAUAUUAGGGAUGCGACUGUCGCAUGUAGGAUGCUAGGAUUCGUAGGUGCAGUGAAAUUCCACGUGCGUGCUGCCUUUGGUGCAGGAUCCGGGAAAAUAUGGCUGGAUAAUGUUCAGUGCACUGGUAGUGAAAAAUCCCUUGGCUCUUGCAGGCAUAAUGGGUGGGGAAGGGAGAACUGUGGACAUUAUGAAGAUGCUGGUGUUACAUGCAUUAGUGAGGAAAUGUAUUCCUGUGAUUUUGAGAAAGGCCUUUGUCUGUUUAAAACUUCCAAUGCUAAUAAUGGACUGAAGUGGGUGCGACGACAAGCUACAUCAAACAAUCAACCAUUAUUUGACCACACCUUAGGAGCACCUACGUGUUUAAGUGGUUGGUCUUCCUUGUACAAGGGACAUUGCUACAGACUGAACAAUCAUGAAACGAAUACCACUUGGCUAGAGGCACAGACCAAAUGUAAAAACAAAAAUGGCCGACUUGUUGACAUUCGAGACAAGGACGAAUGGUUUUUUAUUAGGAAUCAAGUAUUAUCAAACACCAGUUUGCAGUACUAUAUUGGCAUACGUGAUUUCAACGGCACGGGGGUUUGGGCAUAUGAUGAUGGAACCGUCAUGAAUAUGACAAACGUUUGGAUGAAAGGCAAACCAAGUACUACUGGCAAAGACAAAUGUGCAGCAAUAGUUUCUGGUUCAUCACCUGACGCUGGUAGAUUAAUUGAUGUAUCCUGUAAUCAAACAUAUGGUCAAAUCUCAUACAUUUGUAAGACAAGCCGUUACCGCAAAAAUUUAGGUUAUUACCUUCAGAUGCAAUCAGGAGCUGGAUUAAGAAACCGAAGUCCACUCGCCAUGUUAGCUAGUUCACAGCUCAUGUUGAAGAGUACUUGUUUAACCUUCUACUACCAAAUGAUUGGCAAGCACGUGGACACGCUAAGGGUUGUCUUUAGAUCAUCGCAAAAGGACGUUGUUGUAUGGCAGUUAGAAGGGAGCUAUAGCAGUGAUGCUGGUAACUACAGCAAUGGCUGGAACAAGGCUCAGAUACCUUUAAACUUGACAACUUCAAAUAAUAUAAAGGUCGUUAUCCAAGCUGCACGAUUGGGAUCAUCUUUACUAGAUGGAAACAUUGCCAUUGAUGACGUUAACAUUACAUCGGCUAUGCCAAGUCAUUUGUGCAGCUUUUAUCCUCCAAAUGCACGGCCAAGGCAAUGGGACGAAGGAAUGCGUGGUAGUUGCAAUUUUGAAAAUGGCACUUGUGGCUAUACUACUGACAAUCAAGGCUUCGAAUAUUCAAAGUGGGGAAAACGCGAUCUUGCUACUCUGACAGGAAGCACUGUUCCAUACGAUCACACAACGUAUUCCGUGAAUAAGGGUUCGUACAUGUUUAUGGAGCGUUCUAUUAGUCAAAGUACUAGACACUCAGCUCGUCUUGUUAGCCCGUCACUUUCACCAGACCAAGCAAGAUGCAUGUCUUUCUAUUACUAUUUUGACCGGAAGUUGAAUCCUUUGGUUUCUGAAGUCGACCUCACGGUAUUCGUCCGUCCUUCAAGCCAAACCUUAAUCGGUAACGAGAUUGCUGUAUGGAAAAUGACUAGCAAACAGUUGUCAAAUGCGGAUGCUUGGAACAAGGCCGUCGUUCCUUUAAAUCAGAAGACUGCAUUCCAGGUUAUCUUCGAGACCGUAUUGACUGGAAGUAUACGUAUUGCCCUGGAUGAUAUUUGGAUAACAGCAUCAUCAGAUUGCACCAUGAUGCCAUCCAAUGCUUCCCCACCACUGCAUAAAAAGCCAAAGAACAGCAUUAGACUGGCGUCUUCUACCGUAAAUGGAGCUGGGCGAGUAGAGGUUUAUCAUCAUGGACGCUGGGGCACUGUAUGUGGAAAUAAAUGGACACUUAAUAAUGCUCACGUGGUCUGUCGUCAGUUGGGUUAUGAGGGCGCUAUUACAGUUAUUUCUGAUGGCGAGGCAUUUGGUCUAGGAAGCGGUCGUGUAUGGUUAAGUGAUAUUAAUUGUUCUGGAAGAGAGCCAUCAAUCACCAGGUGUAAUCACGGAGGAUGGGGUAACAAUAAGUGCUUACACAAGCAAGAUGUUGCAGUAGUGUGUAAAACUCGCAAGACAUCAGAUAAUGAAAUUCAACUGCGUCUAAAUGGAACGUCAACCAACUACCGRGGACGUGUCRAUGUURACUACGUUGGUAUUUGGGGGACAUUAGGUGGCAAUGGCUGGAACAUUUUUGCAGCAACUGUAGCUUGUCGRCAGCUGGGAUUCGCAGGCKCCAUAAGUUCAGUCACCGGUGGUACGUUUGGCAAAGUACAUACACAACACUGGGCCUUUAAAUUUCACUGUCAUGGAAAUGAGACCAGGCUUUCUCACUGUACUGAUUAUUCAAGCAUAGGUUACUUGCCAGCUAAGAUACAAACAUCUGACGCAGGUGUCGAGUGCUUCGGUUCUCGCCUGACUGACGGUAAAAAACCUAAUGAAGGACGUGUACAAAUCCAAUACAGAGGCAGAUGGGGAUCAGUAUGUGGUAAAAGAUGGAAUAUGAACGCUGCUAACGUUAUAUGCCGUGACCUCGGUUACCAAAGAGCAGAGUCUACCUCCUUGAUUUCCAAAGGAAGUGAACAUGUGCUACUCGAUGAAGUGAAUUGUCAAGGGGACGAGGCAUCCAUCAUUCUCUGUCUUCACCUUGGAAUCAAUGUUCACAGUUGUGACGAUUUUGGCAAGGUUGCUAGUGUGGAGUGUUCAAAUGAUAACACCACCCAAGUUGAUCCUUGCGAUAGCAAUCUUUGUAAUAAUGGUGGACAAUGUAGCAAAAACGGAUCGGAAUUCGUUUGUAAAUGCUCGUCUUAUUUUAUUGGAAAGACUUGCAAAACAUUUAUUGGAUCUGGUGUUGUGGAUAUUGUGCUAAGGAGUGACAACAUUAAGUGGAACCCACCGCAGAUCAAGAAAUCUCUGGCAAAGAUACUCAAUGAAUACUGCAAUGAGUGUAAAGAACAACUCAAUCGGGAAACACAGGGAAGCAAGAAAUCGGAGCAUUGGAUAUUUACUCAAAAUGACAUCAUCAUCUUCCAUGACCCCAUCAAACAUCUUUCAAAUGCAACAAACAUUCUCAUCGUCGAAUAUGCCGUGGUCAAGACAAUCAAUAAAAAAGUUAUUAUCAUCGAUCCUAAAAUGGUCCGUCAAGCUGUUGCUAAGGGUAGUAGGGACGGUAUUGCUGGAUAUGAGGUCAUGCUCGUCAAACAAGGCAAAGGAACACCAUUCAACACUUCGUCGCCGGUCCUGGAUCCUCAAACUAAGACUCGAACCACAAUCAAAUCAUCUCACGUAUUCAAGAUUGGGUUUGCUGUGGUCAUGGUGCUAAUGUUAACUAUCAUAGUUGCAGCAGUUGCCAUAUAUAUGGCACGAAGGUAUAAAAAACAUCCAAUGACCAUCGCUUAUCAACUGAAGACGUUCUACAAGAAGUCCCACAAAGAUAACGAAGAAUUAGUCGAUGGAGAUUACAAUUCAUUUCAGAAUAUGUAUUAAAGAGUAGAAUAACCCUAUAGUGCUGCCUACAAGGACAAGUCUUUUACUAGGGGGUCCCAUUACAUGAAAUAAUGCCAUUCAAAGACUAGAGAAGAAAUUAAUGCAAUAGACCUCAUUGGCUCGGGAGUAAUGUUUGCCCAUUUCAGAUCACGUGUCAUUCUCUUGAGAAUAAGACUCUUUGUUUAAGUUUUAUCCAUAUUGAUAUGUCUCCUCAUUUGAAACCGAGCGCAACCGUUAAACAAAGAAAAAAUACUCUAGGGAAUGACACGUGGCCUGAAAUGGGAAAACAUUACGCCUGAGCGCGCCAGAGCCAAGGUCUUUUAAAGGAAAACCUGCUUCAUCACUUUAAACUGCUUAGAUUUGUUCGUAAACCAAAUUGUAGAUCUACCAGGUGAAUACAGUCACUCUGUAAUUAUAGCUAUUCAAAAAAUCAUAUUGUACAUAAAACAAACAUGUUUCUAUUCUAAAAUUAUGUAUAUGUUAUACUUAACAAUUAAAAUAGUCUUAGUCUUCCCAGUCAGUCCCUUCGUCAUUUUGAAAGGUAACCGUGCUUGAUAGAUACCCUUCAUUAACACCUUGGACAAUUGUUUACAAGUCAUUGCAAGGUUACCGUUGUCCUCGCGUCGAUGCACAGGCACGGUUACCUUUCAAGAUGGCGCAGGAAAACUGUGAAGGGGACUAUAAGCCUUUUCAUAGUUUAAGAAUCGAUUCCACUGCGCAUGCGAUUUUAUCCCCAAUAACUAACCUUCUUUUGUUUAAUUAAGAACAAAAGAAGGUUUAGACAAUAGAUGGUGAGAAAUUCGGGAUAAAAUCGCAUGCGCAGUGGAAUCGAUUAAACCAUAGAUAGGCUGGAUGGCCAACAACUUAGCAGCCCUUGAGGUACAGCUAAGCAAAUAAAGAUAGAAAGAAUCAAA